AUGACUUCUUUGGGGUCAUCCAUCUCUGCAAACACAACAUUUAUUCGUCCUGCUUCCUUUUACAUCAAUGGAUUGUACAACAUCCCGCAUGCAAAAUACUACUAUGUAUUUCUGUGCUUUGUUUAUGCCGUGACUGUUUUAGGAAAUUCUUUUAUAAUGUGUACCAUCUACCUAGUUCGCAGUCUCCACACCGGAAAAUAUAUAGCUGUCUUCAACUUGGCUGUUUCUGAUCUGUGUGGAAGCUCUGCUCUCAUUCCAAAGCUUGUGGACAUGUUUCUGUUUGAGAACCAGUACAUAUCUUAUGAAGCCUGUCUGCUUAACAUGUUUUUCGUUUUGUUCUUUAUGACUUUGCAAUCGCUUACUCUGCUUGUUUUGGCUUAUGACCGGGUCAUUGCCAUAUGUUUUCCAUUGAGGUAUAAUGCCAUUGUUACUAAAGCAGCAAUGACUAUGAUGAUUGGUGUUACAUGGAUUUGUUCAGUAGCUAUUAUCGCUCUUCUUGUAGCUCUGAUUACCAGGCUGUCCUUCUGUAGAUCUACCACUGUUGACAGCUAUUUCUGUGAUCAUGGUCCCAUCUAUAUUUUAGCCUGUAAUGAUAAAUCUGUAAGUUAUGUAAUGGCUGUGCUCUGUUUUGCUGUACUGGCUUGCCUUCCAAUGCUCCUUAUAAUUGUGUCUUAUCUUUGUAUUGGUAUUGCUUUGCUAAAGGUCUCACAAGGUAUUGAGCGACUCAAAGCUAUGAAAACCUGCACCUCUCACCUCAUAUUAGUUGCUAUAUUUUAUCUCCCAUUUUUUAGCAUUAACAUGCUAUCUCUAACAUCGUCUAUAAAAGCAAAUGACAGGAUGAUUAACUCUGCCCUGACACAGACUAUCCCACCUAUGUUAAACCCUAUCAUAUACACUUUAAAAACAGAGGAGGUCAUGCAGGCCAUUAAAAUACUCUACAAACAGGCAAAAGUGGCAGCACUGCAAGGGAUGACUCAGUGCACUAUCAGAAUUUCACCACAGUUGAGGCAGGAUCGUCGUGAAAAAAAAUAA